GGAAGUUGUGCUGCAGUUGUAGUGGUUCCGCCUCCUGAGUUUCUGGGUGAUGGGUCAGUUUGUUUUUCUGCAACAGAUCGAGACUUGCUUCACUUCCGCAGAGUCACCACAGGAGUUGCAGACCAGCAGAGAUGGCAAAGCUCAUGGAAGAUGAGGUAUUUAUGGCUUUCACUACCUAUGCAACUAUUGUCAUUCUGAAGAUGAUGCUGAUGGCGCCUAUGACUGCAUACCACCGCAUAACCAAAGGGGCUUUCGCAAAUGAGGAAGAUGUAGCUAUGAAGUCUGCAGAGGAGAGGAAGAAGCUGCUGAGAACCGAUUCAAAUGUAGAGCGAGUCCGAAGGUGUCAUCUGAAUGACCUGGAGAACGUUGUUCCCUUCGUGUUGGUUGGCCUGCUCUACGCUCUGACUGGACCCGACCUCUCAACUGCUCUGCUUCACUUCCGUGUCUUUGCUGGCUCUCGGAUCUUCCACACCAUCUCCUAUGUCUGCGCCUUCCCUCAGCCCUGCAGGGGUCUGUCCUUUAUGGUGGGCAUGCUGGUCACCAUGUCCAUGGUUUACAGGGUGCUUAACACAGUUCUCUUGCUUUAGAGACAAUUCUGGAGGGGAAGACCUUGACCUCUUAAUCACAAGCUCAUCAUUCUAACAUGAAACCUGAAUCUGUGUUUUACUUUACUCUUACUGCAGCUAUCUGUAAGCUUGACUAUGAAAUGUCAACCACUGUCAUGGAUGGAGGAGGUGUUUUGAAUAAAGCUUUCUAUCAA